AUGCACGGCUAUAGCUCGUCAGAGGAAUCGGACGAUCCCUAUCGUCCUCGCCACGUGCCGGCAAAAACCAGUAGCAACGACCAAAAGAAGAAGAAGAAGAAAACACCUCCGCAACCUUCCAUCAACCAAGUUUGGAAAGGGAUUCAGGAAAAGAAGUUCAACAAGGCGUUCGCUGUGCUGCCAUUCGACCCUGUUCUGCCAGCAAGCCUCGAGAAGCCGAAUGAGUUGCUGAAUAAUGGAUUUGAGCGAGCUGCCGAGGAGUGCCGCCGCAGGGUCGAGAAGAUUAUCCAAGAAUGCUACAGAGUCAGUUCGCAAUACCGGGACCCCAAAUGGGAUUUGGACUGGGAUUUGAAGCGGGAAAAAGGUUACUGCCUCAACUCCCUUGGCCACACUCAAUGGCCGCUUUGCAGGACAACUCUUUCCGACCCAAGUGCAUUGAUCCCAAAGGCAAUAAAGCGCGUCCACGAAGUUUUCGAGAAGCCAACAUUCUUGAAGAACGCGCAAUUCAGCGCAUCUGCGCCGGGUUCGACACCCACAUCGGCAUUUAAGGGUUCGUAUUCUACCGUGAUGGCUUACGCUAAGGCCCACGGUGACUUCGCUUCGUUGGCUGGGGCUUUGAUAGGCGAGGGAUUAGCAGAUCUCUCGGGUGGUGUGACCACCGAGCUGCUUACCUCGGAUAUCCUCGAUCUCGAGUGCUUCUGGGAGAACGAACUUGCCAAAGUCAGCGAAGAGUUCCUUUUUGGCUGCUCCACCGGUGUCCUCGACGGAGGCUAUGGUGAGCGAAAUGGCAUCUCGGAGGGCCAUGCAUACGUUGUCAUGGAAGCUAGGACGCUUCAUUCUGGAGAGCGCCUGAUCAAGCUCCGCAACCCUUGGUGCGCUCAACGAUGGAUCGGGGUUGAGGUACCCUGGAAGUUGCAGUUCAACGAGAAGUUCCAGGUCAAAUUAUCCAAGGGACUUCAGGGCCAGUACUCUUUCUACAUGCACUUCCGUAUCCACGAGCGGGACCGCCACGGUGCCGAGGACUUUAUAGUUCGCUCUCACGGCAAUCAUCUCAUGGACCGGUCCGUCUCCAUCGAGCUGCCCGACAUGCCAGCCGGGUACAGCAUCUUCAUGAGCGUCACUGGUGAGAGAGACACUAGCAUCUCCUCUGUCGAAGAUGUGGUUAAGCGCGAGUGCAAGAAGUCGCCAGGCUACGAAAGAUCAAGGAGCAGCAAAGAGCCUGAGUCUCGUCAAAAGGAGCGUCACAAGCUCUGGAAGCGACAACACAUCAACCGCGAAGUCACCAAGCAGCAGACCAAGAAGAAUAACUAUAAGCGCGAUCGCAAGCUCGCUAAGAAGGCGGACAUAGCCAAGGCCAAGGACGAGUCGAGUGGUAGCGAGCCUAACCUCGACAGCUCUUCUACUGGGAACGGCGAGGAGACGAAGACGGCGUCUGAUGACAAGUCUGAGGGUGAUGCUGAUGGCGACUCCAACAAGAGGGUUGCCGAUGAUGACAAGGCCGCAGCCAUACCCGUCCCUAUUUCAACACCGAAGAUUGACGAUUCCGAUGGCGAUUCAUGCGACUCGCCCAUCGAAGACUGGGAAGAGUUGUACAUUGAUGAUGACAUGGUAGGAAAGCCGCGCCUCACUCCUCAGGGACCACCAAAAAGACAUGAUGAGCACUAUGAAUCUGAGGAAGAGGGUCUUCCAGAUCCUUGGAACGCUACUUGCAUUGUGGGCGUUCGCGUCUACUCUAUGGGCGAGGAUCUUGAGGUCCACAUCGUCAUGGAAGGCAGCGAGCUUCUCGAGGGCGGUAUGGGCAAGAAAGGAGAGGUGGAUCCCGAUAACGCUCAAGUGAACUCGGGCGGGGAGCGGGAACAACGCGAGGACCUCGAAUCAGAUGAAAUGCGGAAGUCGCAAAACCUGAAAUCGACCCUGCGGCGGUUAAUACAAAAGCAGUCAAAUACAUCACAAGCGAGAAUAUAA